CCGUCAGGGCGCGGUGACGUGUCGGCGCCACCGCCCGGCCCGGGACGGGGCGGGGCGGGACCGGCGGUACCGACCCGGCCGCGGCCCCGCAGCCCCGUAGCCCCGCCAUGUUCAACGUGGAGAGCCUGGAGCGCGCCGAGCUCGGCGAGAGCCUGCUCACCUGGAUCCAGACAUUCAAUGUUGAGGCACCAUGCCAGACUGUAGAAGAUUUAACGAGUGGGGUUGUGAUGGCCCAGGUUCUUCAAAAAAUAGAUCCAGUUUACUUUGAUGAAAAUUGGCUGAACAGAAUCAAAACAGAAGUAGGAGAUAAUUGGAGGCUAAAGGUGAGCAACCUGAAGAAAAUUCUGAAAGGAAUACUGGAUUACAACCAUGAGAUUCUAGGGCAACAGAUAAAUGACUUCACCCUUCCUGAUGUUAACCUGAUUGGAGAGCAUGCUGAUGCUGCAGAGCUUGGGAGAAUGCUUCAGCUUAUUUUGGGAUGUGCUGUGAAUUGUGAACAGAAGCAAGAAUACAUCCAGACCAUAAUGAUGAUGGAAGAAUCAGUUCAACAUGUUGUCAUGACAGCCAUUCAGGAGUUGAUGAGUAAAGAGUCUCCAGUCUCUGUUGGAAAUGAUGCUUACGUUGACCUUGAUCGGCAGCUGAAGAAAACUACAGAAGAAUUAAAUGAAGCACUUGCAACAAAAGAAGAAAUUGCCCAGAGAUGUCAUGAGUUAGACAUGCAGGUUGCAGCGCUCCAAGAGGAGAAGAGCAGCCUGCUUGCCGAGAACCAGAUUUUGAUGGAACGUUUAAAUCAAUCUGAUUCUAUUGAAGAUCCCAACAGUCCUGCAGGUCGUAGACACCUGCAGCUGCAGACACAAUUAGAACAGCUCCAAGAGGAAACAUUCAGAUUAGAAGCUGCCAAAGAUGACUAUCGAAUACGCUGUGAAGAACUAGAAAAGGAAAUUGCCGAAUUGAGACAACAAACAGAAGAGCUUACUACAUUGGCAGAGGAGGCUCAGUCUCUGAAGGAUGAGAUAGAUGUACUCAGGCAUUCUUCUGAUAAAGUAGCCAAGUUAGAAAGCCAGGUAGAGUCRUACAAAAAGAAAUUGGAGGAUCUGGGUGAUUUGCGGCGGCAAGUGAAGCUUUUAGAAGAGAAGAACACAAUGUACAUGCAAAAUACCGUGAGCCUGGAGGAAGAACUAAGGAAAGCCAAUGCAGCACGCAGUCAGCUGGAAACGUACAAGAGACAGGCAGUUGAACUACAAAACAGGUUAUCUGAAGAAUCCAAGAAAGCUGAUAAAUUAGAUUAUGAAUGCAAACGACUGAAAGAAAAAGUAGACAGCCUCCAAAAAGAAAAAGAUAGAUUAAGAACAGAAAGGGAUUCUUUGAAAGAAACUAUUGAAGAACUUAGAUGUGUACAAGCUCAAGAGGGUCAACUCACCACUACAGGAUUGAUGCCUCUGGGAAGACAAGAGCCUUCAGACAGUUUAGCAGCAGAAAUCGUUACUCCUGAAAUAAAGGAGAAACUCAUUCGCCUUCAGCAUGAGAACAAGAUGUUAAAAUUGAACCAAGAAGGUUCUGACAAUGAGAAGAUUGCCUUGUUGCAGAGCCUUCUUGAUGAUGCAAACUUACGGAAGAAUGAACUGGAGACAGAAAACAGAUUGGUAAAUCAGAGACUWCUGGAAGUACAGUCCCAGGUGGAAGAGCUACAAAAGUCUUUGCAGGAUCAAGGUUCAAAAGCUGAAGAUUCAGUUCUUCUGAAAAAGAAACUUGAAGAACAUCUUGAGAAGCUCCAUGAAGCUAACAAUGAGCUACAGAAGAAACGAGCCAUUAUUGAAGAUUUGGAACCAAGAUGCAACAACAGUUCACUUAAAAUUGAGGAAUUACAAGAAGCUUUACGGAAAAAGGAGGAGGAAAUGAAGCAAAUGGAAGAACGAUACAAGAAGUAUUUGGAAAAGGCCAAAAGUGUCAUCCGCACAUUAGAUCCUAAACAGAACCAGGGUGCUGCUCCUGAGAUUCAGGCGCUGAAAAAUCAGUUGCAGGAGCGAGACAGAAUGUUUCAUUCCCUGGAGAAAGAAUAUGAGAAAACAAAAAGUCAAAGAGAAAUGGAGGAGAAAUUUAUCGUUAGUGCCUGGUACAACAUGGGGAUGACUCUGCAUAAAAAAGCAGCAGAAGACAGACUGGCUAGUACAGGCUCAGGACAGUCCUUCCUGGCUAGACAAAGGCAAGCCACGAGCACAAGGAGAUCUUACCCUGGUCAUGUCCAGCCAGCAACAGCAAGGUAGAGAAGCCUUGCCCCUAGAAAGAAAACUGCCCUGUGAUCCAGGCCACUUCUAUUGCAAGUGACAACAUUCAAGGAAAAUAAACCAGCAUCCUUUCUCUUUCUCCCUUGUAACUGCUAUUACUUUACAGUUCAGGAAGGGAUUUUAUUAUGCUUUCUCAUUGUUCUGUAAUGCCCUUUGCUUGUAUUUUUUGGAGUUCAUUUCUUUCUGCAUUUUCUGAAUGUGCCAAAAUUUUGCGAACAUCUAGAGGAGUGCUGUAUAAUAASAGUCUUACUUGUAUGAAGCCUGGUCUCUUAUGAAAAACCUCAUGUAGACUAUAUGACAGUGUAGAUUUCUUGUCACAGUUGGUACUUUUGUGCCUAUAAGGGUUGUUAUGCUUUAUAAGACUGUUUCUGUUCAAAGGGAAUUAAGCUUUUUAUGUCCUAACCCGUUGCUUCAGAAAAACACUGAAAUCUCAUUACAGAAAUGCAAAGUUAGAUUAUUACAUUAUUGUGAAAUAUAUUUCAUACUAAAAACCUCAGCAAUGCAAAAAAAGAAAGUUUUGGGGUUUUUUUAAUCUCCUGGGUUCAAAGUUUGAUCUUAUGCUUGGCAUGUAGGGAAGCAGGAUUAUUUUUUUCCAGAUUUUUCUUUAUCARCUGGUGUUACCUGUUGCUGGUAGAGAAGAAUAUUUUCAAAUGGUUUAUUCCACUCCUCUUUGUCAAGUGUAUGCUUUAAUGCGUAUUCUAUAAAGGUGGAGAAGUAGAAUGUGCUAAUAGGUUACUCUAUCAUCCAUUUAAAAAGGACAUUUUAAAAUUUCGUAAUUAUGAAUGAACAAUACUUGAUGGAUCAAGGCCCCAGUUAAUAUUAUUCCAAUUGUCAUCCCCUACAUCCCCUACUGGUUUUAAUAUAUUGAUUCAGGGUAUAAUUGUAUCAGUUGCCUUACUAAUGGUACCAGUGCCUUCAGGUGAGUUAAUUGCUGACUUCGUUGGAAACUGGCUGUGAUUUGUUAUACUGCCUUUUUAGUGUGUAGCUGAUUAAUUGUUGUAGCACCUUCAUGUUGAUCAGUGGAUGGAGGCUCCUCCUAUUUAGAUUCUGUUCCUGAAAGUUGUGCUUUUUAUCUGAAUAGUUUAUGCAUUCCUUAUCCUUUUGUCAAAGAAUUGAUGGACACAGAGAACCUGAGUAUUGGCUGCAAAUUUCAUAUACAAACGUCUUGUGAUUUAGUUUUAAACAGUUUUCACUUGAGACUCUUCGGACUUUAAUGCACAUGCAAUUAGUUUAUAAAUUUUUUCUCUCACCUAAUUUUAAUGCCCUACAAGUGAAAACAUUUUUGCAUAAAUCCCUUUAGAGAAACAACAUACUAGCAUUUAUCAAUCAUCUGAAUGUCUCAAUUCACAACUUGGGUAGAAUGAGCAAAGGGUAAUUAAAACAAGCACACCUAGAUUAAAGGUUAAUGAACAGGUGAAUGACAUUUUUAGGUACCAUUUUUUUAUCUUAAAGUACAUCACCUGUUUUAAUUUGGGCUAAGAAAUGCAUUCAUCAUGUGCCUGAAAAAUAUUAUCAGGUCCAGUUACACCCCAUCCCAGAAAAAUAAGUGUUGAAUUCUACACAUAGUUUUGUCUUUUAUUCCUCAUGUUUGGAAAAAAAAUGGUUUCCUAAGAAUUUUCUGUACUUACUCAGUGUAUCACUGGUAUGGUCUGUGCUUGCAAAAAUUAGGGGAGACAUUGCAAGUUUCUUGUGUACAGAACGGUAACAAUGUAAAGGAAGUAAUGGAUAAUUUCUGGAGCUCAGUGAGGUGAUAUACUCAAUCUGCAGUCUCUCAUUGACCUACAAAAUGCUCUGUAUACAAAAUGCUAUCUUUAGUUAUCUAGAUGAUAACUAAAGAUGAUGUUUGUGUGGGACAUCUUCUACUGAUCUUGUUGUGCAAUCAAUUUUAGUAACUUAAUGAACUCUUUACCACAUGCUGUAUGUGAACAGGAGCAAGUAAGAUCAUUCCUGUGAGGGAAUUUGAUGAUCUUGUUUGAGUAUUUUAUAGCAGCCAGAGCAAGAACCUACGAAUACCUAAAAGCUCCAUUUUAAUUUUAAUCUACCUGUCUUUUUCUACUACUGAACUGCCAAGGGCUAUUUGUGAAAGAGAGGGAGGGACCGUAAUGGGAAGUUUUAUCUUUCAAUUUUGUCUAGUAAUUUAAUUCCCCAUUACUGUUAAUUAGGUGCAGGUCUAAAAGAACUUGAACACAAUCAGCACAUUAGGAUGAAAGUAAUUCCUUUUAUUGCAUGAAUAUUUGUUUUACUGUUUUGCCUCCAUAAUUUUGAUGACAGGCUAAUGCCCCUAAGAGUUACAAGAUGAACAGAUGCUGGUUAAAAGCCUUGUCAUGCAUUUACUUUCCAAUCUCUCCUGGCUUCUGCUUCUUGAUGCUUGAUGGCUUUUCUUCUGCCUUGUGAUUCUGUCUUUCCUUUUCCCUCAAGAUAAGACACUGAAGUGSUUUCUGUAGCUCACUUCAAAAAACAGAUAGCAUCAUUAUAUAGCAUCAAAGAGCAGCAUAAGACUCAUACUGAAUCUGACCUUUACUUGUUUUUGUUGCUCAUGGUAAUUGUUAGGCAAGUGAACGAACAAUCAUUCUGUCUUUAGAAUUUACAAACUUGCAGAAAUUCUGGUAUUUCCCAGAAUUUGUGUUGAAUAUAAAAACCUAAAAACAUACUGUGCUCUUACAGAAAUGUGCUUGGUUGCUGUCCAGUUCCAGUAAGUAAUUUGUUCUGUCUUCUAUUAGUAAUUAAGAGGAGUUUAAGUCUUUGGUCUUCAGUGCUUUACUUCUUUAACUUGUUGCAUACAUCCACUGUUAAUCUUUGUGCGUGGAUGAAUACAAGUGGUGAAUAUCAUUAAACCUUCUCUUUCACAAGAACAACUUCUUUGUUCAAAGGGUUCAGCUUCAUCAUUUUCCUUGCUUAUUAGGCAGCUUUGGAAGCAGUGUGUAUUAAGAAACAGAAAGAGCUCAGACCRUGACUCCAGGGAAUAAAUAGAUACGUAGGGGAGCUACCAGUGACUGUUCUCUAUUUGCCUUAUCUUUAGUAAUAAAUAAUAUAAGGAAGAAUCCCAGCCUGUGAAACAGAAUUCUCUCAGUACACUAGACAGUUCUAAGAAAUUUUUAGGAAUACAUUUUUCCCUGAGGCAAUGAAGACUAUUUAUAUCAAAAUUGUAGUGGUAAUUGCUAAGCCAAUACUGUAUCCUGUCCUCUCUGAUACAUUAGAGAGAAAACCCCUACAACUGAGCUUAAAGAGAAAGGGUUCUCCAGGGCAGUGAUAAAACAGCUGAGGAGUUCCUGAGAGUACUUUUCUGGGCACUGUGGUGAGGCUCUGCUCAGAAUAAUCUUUCUGACCAAUUUUAGUUAAUGCCAAUAAAAGGUAACAGAUAAAUGGAAAAAUAAUUUUAUUGUUCAGAGCUGAAGCUUCAUUUCUGAUCUAAAAGGAUGUGUGUGUAGUCCAGCUCAUGUACUUGUGGAGAGUUAAGUUUUUAGCAUMUCUGAUCAGACAUUACAGAAAAAAAAAUAUUCAAGUUGCCUGUUUUCUUGAUAGCAACACAUAACCACUUGGAUCAUGACAGAUACUUUCUAAGUGCUGCUUAAUGAGGUAAUUAGUUUAAAGGUUGUGUGUUCCACCCACAGUGCAAAGGCACAUACAUGGAAUAUCCACCUUUAUGUAUUGCGAAAUGAAAUAAAUAAAUAAUGGCUACAAGAUGCCUUUCAUUCUGCUUGGAAAUAAUCAAAUAGCAGUCCUGUCCUUUUCAAGUGUCACUUGUGUCAGCAGAAAUGCUUCUGCAAGUUUUCUGUGGCUCUCUGUUCUGCAAGGAGCACUGGCAUUUUUGUAUGUGUAUGAAAGAAUUAAUGGUGAAUAUUCCUAUUAUUGCUUUGUUAUGAUCUCAGAUAGUAAGUGGUAUGUGUAAGCUGUUAAGAAAAUUUAGAAGUUUUUGGCAAUUWUAAGGUCCUCCAUAUUUUGACCUACUUGUGUACAAGUAGCUUUCGCUUUUCCUGUCUUCCCUAAUAUAUCAGACUAUACACUUAACAGCUUCCUGAAUGAUUUUAGUGAGUUUAAUAGUCCUAUUGCGUUGACAUUUUCUGUAGAUUUGGUAGUAGGAAGAUAUUUUAAUGUCACCACUUGAUUUUCUUUUUGUUAGUGAUCUGGAGGAAGACUGUCUUGAAUGUGGAUAACGUCACUUUUUCUUGUGAAGCAGAACAGUGUUUCAGUUUUACUUAUUGUAUAGAGAAUUUUUUAUUCUUGCCCAACAGAUUGAAUUUUGCAAGGAUUGAUGAGGGAGGUAUUUUUGCACUCAGUCAGCUAUGCAAUACUGACUUCUUAUGGGUUUUUGCACAUGUGUUUUACAUAGAAUGUGGACUUUGUGUUUUGCAGUAAGAUUGUAUUGAUAAACUUCAAUAUCUCCUAACCAAUUUUAGCAAAAUUUGCAGGCAUUUUGUUCAACUGACAUUGCAUAAAUAAAUAGCUGAAAGAGUUUAUCACCACUUCCAGGUGGCAGAGUUUUUUGGAACAAAUGUCAGAUUCUAGGUAGGAUCCUAGCCAUGCCUCCUGUUUGCCACUUUAAGGGAAUCAAGAACAUAUCCUGGCAUGGCUGAUUGUAUUGCCCUGCUCCUGUGAUCUUUCUUUCCUCUGAAGUGCAGAAAAGUAGCAGAAGCUUGUCAGUGAUUCUGCAGGCUCUAACUAAAAAUAAGGUGUGAUUUCUUCAGUUUGAAAAUGGGGGAGACAGAUGCAAGCAACUARUCAGUACAAAAAUCAGAAGAGCAGUGUACCUCACCAUUUUGCAUUUUGGUGUUCAUUUAAAAACAAGUGAAAAAGAACCUGAGCAUAUUGGGCUAUGUUUUUAUCUUUUUAAUAAAUUUUUUAUUUUAAUUGAUUAAGUAUAACUUGUGUAUAAGACAGAGGCUGUCAUUGUCAGCCACUGCAGCCUCAGACUUCUUGCAUCUGGUUAGGCAAAAGAUUGGAAAUUUUGACUCUGCUGCCAGCUCCGUUGUACCAUUUGGAGAUGCUGAGGAUUUUCAUCCUCUAUUUUUCCUUGACUUUAUUUUUGUGGAUUCAUUAAAAUAUUGGGACAUAAAGUUCAUUUUUAAAAUGCAUCAGCUCAUUGAAUUAGUUAGGGAAUGAAUGUUGAUUGAGAGGCUGUAGAUAACUUGACAAAUCAUACUGUUUCMUGGGGCAUUGAAACAACGCCUGGCAGUAGAGCCAAGACAGCUUCCCAGAUAAAUCGUCGUGGUGUCAGACUGGAGUCAGUGGAUCUGUAGGAACUCAUGCUGACUGCUGUAACUGAAGUCCUCAUCUUUUCAUAGCUGAGGGAUGGUGUUGCUGCUUCRCUGUGGUCCAGAUUCUGCCUUCAUCUUAGGGCCUCACCAAGGUAGUGCAGGACUAUGCUGUAGUGUAUUUCUGCAUCAGUUGGCUUUGAUGGCAAAUCAGGAGUUUGCUGCUGUUACUAUGGGUGUAAAGUUGUUUGGAAAAUUGUGUAUCCUUCAGUCCCCUUGGCAUGUGGUGUCAUUUCCAGACUGAAAGCAGAUUCCAUUUGUCAGAUAAAAAUUCCUUGCUGCUAUGGGUCUCAGAGGCUAUGAGUCUCAGAUGCUGAUCCAUGAAAAUUACUGUUAGUAGAGGGAAAUACAGAUCAGUGCUGACUUUAUUCCUUGCUUUGCCUUUACUAUCAGAUGAGAUUAGACUAUCACAUUUCAGAAAGAGGAAUGUGGUURUUUUAAUCGUUACAAAAGCAGACAUUUGUCAGUACUCUGAAGAACUGUUAACUACUUAGUUUGGCAUGACACAAACCUGAAACAAUGCAAAAGCAAGUAUUUCUACAGGUAUAGAGUAGUUUUUUCUGGAAAUGAAACUUGAAUCCCUAAUGAUUAUGUCUAACUUGAAGAGAAAACUUACAUAAAGGCCAAGUGUUACUGCUAGUGUGCUCAUGUUGUUAGCCUGAUCAUGAAAGUGGAUGGAAUUUUAGGAGAAAAUCCCCAGUGGUGUAAUAUUUGUAUUUAUGGGAUUAUAAAAUAGUUAUAAUGAGACUAUUAGACCUUUGAUUUGGACUUGAAUGUAACAUCUGUUAUAUAAUUUUAAAUAUUGUAAAGCAGAGAUUAUUGUUCACAGCCACAAAAGGUUAGUAAGCUGGAAAYGAAACUUAUUUCCUGGAGGCAUCAGUGGUUUUGAGGGAGAUUUUAAAGCAUUUGUUUAGCAGUAUAAGUCUUAGAAUUUUAAGCAUUACCUUAUAAGGCCACAAUUUAAAAAAUAUGUAGUCUGCUUUGUAUUCUCCCUGUCACUCCUCCCUAGACAGAUUAUCUGCUGCUCUUUCCAAACAUGCUGCAAAUGCAGUGACAGUGAAUUUACUGYUGAGUGAAUUUACGCUCAGAUCUUGCAUCUCUGAUGUCUUCUAAGUGUUGCUGCCUCAACAGGUGGCUUUAAAAUAAAGAAAUUGACAGACAAGUAUUCUUAGAACAUGAUAAAAAUUUCUAGUCUGGAAAGAGCAUUAACAGAUGAGCUUUUACAUCCUUGAAAGAUAAUAGUGUCCUGAGUUUACAAGACCUCUCAAAAGUACUAUUGACUCAAAGAGAAACCUACAGUGUCAUUUCUGUGUAUGUGCAGCAUACACUUGAAGUGCUACUAAGUAGUAAGUUUGAACUAAAUACUAGCCAGGUGAGACUAAAGGACUAGAUUAUAUUCAUUUAUGUACAAUAGAAUAGGUACAUGCUUACAUAGCUUGAACUUUAAUUUUUUUAUAGACUAACUACAGUGUUCUUCGUAUUAAUCCUGAACUGUCUAACUUUAUGCACCAAGCAGUGCCAAGCAAGCUUAAAAGACAAUGAUUGCUCAAAAUAYACCCUCAAGGCCUUUAAAUGUGUUGAACGUGUUGAACUUUUUAUUCCAUUUGAUAUGUGUCUCUUUGUUUCUAUUUGUUUUUCAACUAUGGUUAGUAUUCUGAGGAAAAAAAGCUACAAGACUUGUAGCAUACAUAUUCUUUUUUAUCUGUUUAACCUGGCUUGUCCCAUUACAAGAAGCAUYCUUAGAAUAAUUUUUGACCAGUGCAAUACAAGGGAGAAGGAAGUGGGGAAAGAGGCUCUAAUUUAAGUUUGGUGAAGCCAAUUUGCUCUUUGCAAUAUGAAAACAAAAAUUUAGUGCUGUGUAGGGACUUUUGUGUUACCUGGGGGAAGUAGAAGCACUGUAGCUAUGUCAGUAAAGCAUUGCAUUCCAGUUACCCUGGCCAAGAAAGAGAGUGCAUCAGUGAGGAUGGAGAACUGCCAACCUCUCUGAUUCCCUUCCACAGCAGUGUGGGGUGCUCUCAACUUUUCAGUGGCUCCUACUCAGCUUACUUUAAUAAGAACACUUACCAUUUUCUGGCAAUUCAAACCUGUAUUUGCGUGCAAUGGACAGAACUUGACAGUACAAUGGGCAGUGAUACUGAGCCUCAUGCACACGAUGAGCUCUGAUGGAAUUUAAAUGCCUUCAGUGGUGCUCAGAGCUCAAGACAGUGGUUAUGAUUCUGAUUGUCUUUUAGCGUGUGAACASGUGCAGUGCUGGGUAGGCAUCUUUCACUUUAUCUUGCUUAGGUUCUUUAACAGUUGUACUCACAGACAGCAGGAAUGCCUGAGACUUACUCAUUGCUGUGUAAACUUACUUUCCGUAGCUUUAUUAGCUGAGAAUGGUGCCCUGAAGCAUUUUACUCAGAAGUGUGUAAAGUUUAAUUAUAGCUAAAUUUAGAUGUUGACCAAGACUAUUUUGUUGCUUUUUCCAAUUAUUGGCCUGUAAUUUGAAGAGUUGCUUGGCAAAGAUGUUUUCCCCAUGAAUUUGCACAACUCUUAAAUAGAGGUGGCCUUACUAAACUGCUUUUUAAAAGACCUGUUCUGUUCUCUGUUGUUUUGGGGUUUUUUUUUUCAACAAUAAUAUGUUAUCUGCUUUUUAACUUUCUUCUUUAUUCUUUUAUUUGCAGUGAUGUGGUUGCAUGACCUGCAGCAUUAUUAUAACAGGGACUGUUCAGUGCAUGACUUGCUUUUCUGUCCAGACUGCAUAACCAAAACUUAACCAGUUCUACACUUAAGACUCAUGGCCAUCUGAUUUCAAAGGGGGAUCUACUUGCAGCGAAGCUUACCAUCCUGGGGAGUGGCUUUCCCAUUUCCCACUUCCAUUUACUCUUUCUCUUCACAAAAAGUCUCCUAUGAGGCUAGAAGAGAGGAAAUCCAGUAUUCACAGCUCAACAGGAGGCGUUCUGCAAACUGACAGAGCACUGUCAGCUCUCCAUCUUACUUCCGCCUGUCCACUUCAUUUAAUUCUGAUUAACAGUAUUAACACACAGACUUCCUGCAACAUUUUAAUUUACUGAACUAUAAAAAUCUAGUCUUAAUGAGUUCCUAAAAAAGGCCUUUUGAUAACUGUUAAAAUUUCAAAGCACCUGCACCCUUAAAGGAUCCACUUUGAAUCUUUAAACAAAUAAAGUAAAGCGAAGGAGGUGUUUUACCAGGAGAAAUGACUAAUGAAUUGCUGCUUGGCGAUCCCAUCUUCCUUAGAAAACCAAGCAAGUUUCAUCCGAUAAUCUCCGAGCCAGGCAAACUACCGGGUGGUAUUUUGUUCACAGGCACUGCCUGCUUCCUUCAUAUGUAUAUACACAGUAGUUUGUGGCUGUUGUAUUUUUCUCUCUACAUUUGAGCUGUGUUGUUGGUUUCUUUCAGAAACUUUUUUUCCAAUCUGUGUACAAUUGUUAAAACAAUCUGAGGAAAGACCAUAAAUGGAAAUAAGUAAGAAAGUCAUCUACACUUCCAGUAUUAUGCAGACUGUCCUUGCCAGUUUAUAAUUUGGAUCAUUUAUCUUUCACCUGUACUGUUUUUUUUCCUUCCUUUUUUUCUUUCUCCUGUCACAGUCUUAGCUAUUUAAUUUCCAAUUGCACUAGCUUGGCUGUUUCUUUGUAUUUUGAAGUUUAGCUAUAAGAUUUGCCAUAUGUAGACAGUGUAACUCAAAAUGCUUUGUACUGCCUAUAUUAAUUUAAAAAGCUGCUUAUUUAAUAUUCCUAAAUAUCUGCACAUUUGUACUACUGUAUCUUUGUUUUGUAUUGGACAUCCAGUACUGGCAAGAUUCAGAAGACGAGGGAGUGCUGUAGUGUUGUAAGUUAAAAGGUUUUUUGUAUAGGAGUUAGUACGUGACAAACAGGGAAAGGGGCUUUCAAGCCAUAGGACUUGCUGGAAAAACUGAAAAGUCUGAAUGCUGAGUACCUUAAGCGGUUUGAUUWAAAUCCAGUUUUAGAGAAACCCCACUCUUGCACACCUGGAUCUUAAUCCAGAAAUACUGAUUUCAAAUGAACUCUGCUGCCUCCAGGAAUGGUUUUGCUUAUUUAGGCAGUAGCAGAGCCACCAGCCCUGUUUGCCAUGGGGCCACCACCCGUGCUGAAGAAACAUCGUGUCCACUUGUCACUGCAGUCCCUUCUGGUCACACACACAGUGCCUGCCUCAUCCCUGGUGACAGAGCCGCACCUCAUGCAUGGAGGUGCCCACUUGUGUCUAGUCCUCAGGGAUCCUGAUCCCACAGUGUCCGUGGCCUUGUGCAGAAUGACAUGGAGAAGGGACAGAYGUGUGCCCCGCCACAGGGAGGUGCUCUGCACUGCCUGGCAAGGGCGUGGGUGGGUAGGAAUGGGCUCCAAGCCAGACGGGCAGCAGAGUGAAGGAUAAACAUUAAGAUCCCGGUGAGAACUGUGUGGUGUUUUCCCCUCUGGAUACUCUAUCAGGUACUGUGGCUACCAGGGGCUUGGCUGACAGCUGUCCGUAAAGGCUUCAGAUGGGGAUAUGUCUUUCCUGGUCCACCAGGGCCAGGGACAGUGAAGUCUGACGUGACCUGCAGCCAGGAUCUGGAGUUUGGUGGUUACAAGUCAGGUGCUCUUGCAUUAGAGGCAGCAGCAUUUCAUCAGACUCAGUCCAGCAGAGAGCUGAACAAUUUGUGUCUUUCCAGGUCCUAACCACUGAUCCCUUGUUAUGUGUCAGGGCAAGUGUUACUAGUAAAACUUCUUUUAGUUGGGUGUUAAAGGCAUGGUAUGUUUUUCAUUUACAAGUGCUGCUCCGGCUGGGACCACACCCUGCCCCAGGCCAGGCUGGGUGCAGGAUCCCUGAAAUCAGGGCACUGUGCUGGGCAGGAGGGGAUUGCUUUUUUGUGCACCUGCCUCCACGGGUGUCCCAAAAUUAYGCCGAGCAGUACCUUGUUUCUCCAAAUGGUCUGUGCAGAUUAGAGAUUAAGUAUCAGUUGUUCUUGAGCCUUGAUGACAUUUGUAUGUAAGUGUGUUUAGCUUGACAAAAGUUGUUUGAGUUUACUAAUGCAACAGAGAGAUGCCAGGUGGAGCCAGUAGCUUUCAGCAAGGAGCUGGCUACUUUAAUUAGAUUAGCCUGGCAUCUCUGUCAUGAAGUGGUUGUGAGCUCUCAACUCAGAGCUGAUCUCCAGCAUGUCUCUGAUAUACUAACUUCAUUUGUGCUGCAUAGAAAACUCUCUUAACCUUCUUAAUAGCAGCUUGUUUGACAGUCCUGAAUUAAAUGUUGACCAAUUAUCAAAGUAACUGUUUGUGAAGUUGCCAGUGAUAUAUUUUCUGUAAAAGAAUGAAUUCUUUGAGUGUCAAAACAUUAAUUUCCCAUUUCAGUUCAUCUACAAAAUUGUGUAACUACCAGGUUGUUAUGGUAGCAAUAUUAAUAUACAUACCUGUAUAUAGAUGAYAAAAACCUCAUUAAUGAUAAUUGGAAUUGAAAAGUUUAAUAUUUUUUCCCAGUCAAUACACUAAUGCUUCCAAGGUGAUAGAAGAGUGUACAGUUGUUAAACAAGUUGUAAAUAAACGCUUAUAUAAAACAUAAA